UAAGAUUUGGUUGCAUAGGGAGCUUGGGAGGCUCCUUUCUUCCCUGUUAUCUCUGGUGCCCCCUGCUGGGCAAAAAAUGAAUGCAGGAAACAGGUGCUUCCUGUCUCUGGCUAUCUGGCUCUAGCUGUAGGUCUCAAAUAGGACAUCUGAGGCUUGAGAUGAAUUCACAUAAAAACCAGAACCUGGAGGGAUGACGAAGAGCAAUCACUUAUAAACUGCAGCUGUGGGACCUUGAGGACCAUUGGUAAAGGGCAGUCUUUCUGCUCUGCACCCCAGGAAAGCCGGUAGAAGAUCCUCACUCCGUAUUAGACAGAGCAGGAGGAGAAGGUCCAGAGACCUUGCCCACACCCUCUGUGCCAGCACAGCCUCCAUCCUGCCUCCUCAGGGCCAUCUCAGCUGUCAGCUCAGCUCUGCUGCCAGCCCCCAGCCUCUUCCCAAUUCAGUGAUGAGGCAAGUGUGAAAAGUGGAGUGUAAUAGAGAUGUCACAAGAUCUCCCAGACCCUUAACUGCAGUUGCCUGCUCUCUAUCCAGCUGGAAUUGCCAGAGGCUGAUGAGGACGCUUGCCUGUCCAGCUCACUGCUCUUCGAAGGAGGCAUACAUCUCCCUAGGGGCUUGUGUGUGCAUGCAUGUGUGCAGUGUGUGUGUGUGUGUGUGUGUGUGUGUGUGUGUGCGUGUGUGCGCACAGGGCUGCAAGCUGUGAGGCACCUGGACUUUGGGGAUCCAAACUAGCCAGCUUCUCCUUCUGGAUCUGCUGGCCUAAUUCCCAGCUGCAGCUGCCACCCUGGGUUUUAUCCCUGAGGCAAUCUCCCUGCAGAUUUGGCAGCCAGGAAAGGAGGGGCUGAGGAAGGGGAGAGAAGCAGAAAAAAGACUCGGUUCUAAUCUGAUGUACAUGAUCCGGCAGGCUUCUCUGCUCGGCUGCCCUCUGCCAUCAGCUCUCCAGGCGAUUUUCUCUGUGCAUUGCACUCUCCCCUUCUGCCUUUGUCUCCUUAAGAAAGUGCCCAGAAAGUUAAACCCAGACACACAAACACACAUACAAUCUACUCCCACCAAAAAAAAAAAAAAAAAAAUCAGAGAGCAAGAACAGGCAGACGAGUAAGAGAGCACGAACGCAAGGGAGAGGGCUCAGCUUGGUCCUGGAGGAACAGCAACACAGGCAGAGGGAGGCUGGAGUUGGCAGUUGACCCGGACUGAGGUCUCCUAGUCCCCAAGGAGCCUCCUUCGUGGACCAAGGGAUCCCGAGAGAGGCUGCCUCAACUUAGGAUGGGCAACUGUGUCAAGUCGCCACUGAGACAUCUCUCCAGGAAGAUGCACCAAGAGGAGAAGAGCAGCUACAUGGUGGUGCAGACCAGUGAGGAGGGGCUGGUGGCCAGUGGCAAGCUCCACGGACCGUUCCUGAUGCUGGCUCAGAACUGCGCCAUCAUGCACAACCUACUCGGCCCUGCCUGUAUCUUUCUGCGCAAGGGCUUCGCCGAGAACAGGCAGCCUGAUAGAUCACUGCGGCCAGAAGAGAUCGAAGAGCUCCGAGAGGCCUUCAGAGAAUUCGACAAGGACAAGGAUGGCUAUAUCAACUGCCGGGACCUGGGCAACUGCAUGCGCACCAUGGGCUACAUGCCCACCGAGAUGGAGCUCAUUGAGCUGUCCCAGCAGAUCAACAUGAACUUGGGUGGCCAUGUGGAUUUUGAUGACUUCGUGGAACUAAUGGGGCCAAAACUCCUGGCAGAGACAGCAGAUAUGAUUGGAGUAAAGGAACUGCGAGAUGCCUUUCGAGAGUUUGACACUAAUGGCGAUGGGGAAAUAAGCACCAGUGAGUUGCGCGAGGCCAUGAGGAAGCUCCUGGGCCAUCAGGUGGGACACCGAGACAUAGAGGAAAUUAUCCGAGAUGUGGACCUCAAUGGGGACGGACGAGUGGACUUUGAAGAGUUUGUCCGGAUGAUGUCCCGCUGAGGCUCAAGGGCCCCACCAGGACUGCCAAGCGCCCCAGGUGGGGAGGGGAGAAGAGGAGCCAGAGCCGAAGCCGCCCCGAGCCCAGGAUGUACUGGCGGAUGGGGCCUGCCUGCACCGGGGAGGUGCCCACCCCGUACCCCCACCCCUCCGCACUGUGAAAGACACACAACUCCUGCAACUGGAAAAGGGGGCACCCACCGACAAGGAGGCCACAGUGCCAAGCCAGCAGAGGUCGUGCCAGGCGCCAAGUGCCACGUACCCAGCCACUGCUGGCUGGGUGGGCCAGGGAGCCUGCCAGCAGACCCCACACAGCAUGUCUGCCCCAGGGCAAAGCCUGUUGCUGCCCUGCUUAGCUCUGUGCCCAUCCCAGCUCGCCUCAGCCCUGUGAUCUCAGAACCAAUAAAAAUAGUUCCAAGAGAAUGACA